AUGGUCUUAACAGCUCAUUUUAUUGAUCAUAAUUGGAGAUUGCAAAAGCGUGUUAUCAAUUUUGUUCUCCUUCCACCUCCUCGCCGUGGUGUUGAGAUUGCUGAUGGCAUCUUUAAGUGUUUGAAGGAGUGGGAAAUUGAGAACAAGGUUUUUACUAUCUCUGUUGAUAAUGCUUCAAGCAAUGAUGUGGCAAUCAGGAUUCUUAAAGACACAUUUUCAAGAACUAAAAGGUUGCUUUGUGGAGGAAAGUUAUUUCAUGUUCGUUGUUGUGCACACAUUCUUAAUCUCAUGGUGCAAGAUGGUAUUUCUGAAAUUGAAGAAAUAAUUGAAGAUAUUCAUGAAAGUGUGAAGUUUAUUAAUCAAAGUGAAGCAAGAUUGAAGUCAUUUUCUGAUAUUGUGCAACAACUACAAUUGCCGGAGCGAAAACUUAUUCUUGAUUGCAAGACAUGUUGGAAUUCAACAUUUGAAAUGCUAUCAGUUGCAAUGAAAUUUAAAGAUGUUUUUCCAAUGUUCAAAGAUCGGGAAAUCCUUUAUCAUUGUUGCCCAUGCCUCGAAGAUUGGGAAAAGGUGGAGAAAAUAUGUGAAAUUUUAGAAGUGUUCAAUGCCAUCACAAAUAUUAUUUCCGGUAGUGAUUAUCCAACUUCUAAUUUGUUUCUCAAUGAAGUCUAUCGGGUGAAAAUGUUGUUAGACAAAAGGGCGAAUGAUGAAAAUGACUUUAUUCGAGCAAUGAUUGGCAAAAUGAAGGCUAAAUUUGAUAAAUAUUGGGGGGAAUGCAAUUUGCUCAUGUCCGUGGCCGCCGUCUUGGAUCCAAGAUGCAAAAUGAGGGUUGUUGAUUUCACUUUUGCAAGGAUGUAUUCCGAUAGAGAAGCAAGAGAAAAUAUUGCUAAAGUUCGAGAAGCUCUACAUGAGAUUUAUGAAGAAUAUGUUCGUGAAUGUCAACAUGGCAAUGAGCAUAGUGGUGAAACUCCAAUGCAUAAUAAUGAUGAUGUUGGUACUAGUGGCAAAGGCUCGUCAGGUUGGUCCGAAUUUUCAAGUUAUGUGAAAUCUAUUGAAAAAGCCUCUCCACAACAGUCAGAUUUGGAUGCAUACUUAGCUGAAGGUUGUUUCAUUUUUGAAGGAAAUCCUGAUCAAUUUAAUGCCUUAGAAUGGUGGAAGGGAAGUACUUUAAAAUAUCCCAUCUUAUCUAGAAUGGCUCGUGACAUACUUGCUAUUCCUAUUACUACAGUGGCUUCAGAGGCUACUUUCAGUGCAGGCCUGGCUGGCGCGCGUCACGUCCUCCUCUCCUCAGUCCCUAUUCCCUCGGCUCAGCCUAUUUCCAAUACGACUGCUACCAACGCGACAGAGCAGUUCCUCACGGUCCACAACAAAGCCCGGGCGGCAGUCAAUGUGGCACCUCUGAGUUGGAGUUCGAAGCUUUACUCGGACGCGAGCCUGUUCGUCAGAUACCAGCGGGACAAAAAAGGUUGUGAGUUCGCAGAUCUAGGUUCCAGCCCUGUAUGGGGCAAACCAGGCCUGGGCGAGCUACCCGGCCAGCCCUUUGAAGUGGUGGGCUCAUGGGCGGAUGAGAAACAGUAUUACAACCACGCCAAGAAUACAUGCGAGGCAGGGCACGAGUGCGGCACAUACACACAGGUGGUCUGGCGGAAAACCACCCAGGUUGGGUGCGCACAGGCCACUUGCGCCAAAGAAGGGGCCACGCUCACCAUCUGCCUCUACUUCCCUCAUGGAAAUGUGCAGGGCCAGAGCCCUUACUAGCUUAGGUCGCCUCUCCAGUCUCCGCCUACUGUAUGUUAUGCUUGCUUAUUUUGUGGGAUUGUGCCUUAGUUUUCACCUGCUUGUUUAUUAUGUCUUUUGCAAUCUAUCUAAUUAACGAGAUAUUAUCACUUUAAA